AUGGAUCGAUGGCGAGUCCCGCUCCCUGUCGAAGAAUUGGAGCGUGGGGAACGCCGUCCAUCACCCGGCCCCGUUGAGGAGGGGCCCGCCGAACCAAUCCCACAGCCCGGGGAAUUCUUCAUGUGGGAAGAAGAAGAAGAAGAAGAAGAAAUUAUUAACAAUAAUAACGAAGAACCUAACAACGAAAUUAACCAACAACCUAACGACGACUCUAACAUGGCCCAACCAGAAGAGGGGCCUGCACAACCGAGAUACUUUCUUCGCAGGCCCCAUACCCCAAGGCAGCCGAAGAGGCAGCAAGAGCCGCAGCCGUUCCGGCCGCACAAUAUUGAAAGCUUGCGGCCGGAACAUCAAGCCGAGCUAACGGCACCAGAAACGGAGGCUUAUCACAUAAGCGACGACCAACUCAUCUGGUGCCGUUUGGCCGGUUGUGCCAGGCCCAGCCAACCCUUCAAAACGGUUAGGGCCUGGAAAAUUCACGUGCAGAGGGCCGCUUGCCACCGUGGCGGAAACCUCUGCACGUCCUGCGGCUAUAACGUCGCCCUGCCCCCCUCGGCGCAUCUUUCGGCCGCCGAUGUCAAGACGCUCAUGGACGCACAUAAAGCCGAAAGGUGCGUCGGCGUCACCAAAAAGGCCUUGGUGGCGCGUAAAAUCGCUGCCGAGCGUCUGAUGAUUCUGGGACGCGACAAUUCGCACAUCGCGAUCCCAGAGGAGGACGCAGAUGAGGUCCAGGUGGUCUCGAAUCCUCGCAAGAGGCACCUGGCCUCGGAGGCAGCGUGGAGGGCAGAGCAAUGCUGCCUCUACCUGAAACGAUUCAAGGCAGACCAUCCCGAUCUGAUGGAGCAAAUCGGGAUGGAUCACCAGCUCUACAUCGAAUAA